UGGAAAGGGCACAACACAUAAACUUUUAUAGCCACAACUUUGUUUUUGGAGCGAAGCCAAAUUGAAGUCAAAUGUACGAAGCGGGCAGUGAGCAAAUCAACUGCAACGGCGCUCUCAUUGAACUGCCCUCGCUGCAGGUGGUCAAACCAGCGCCCAAAAUGCCAACAGAUGCAAACAUCGAUUGGCUACUUCAUAUUUAUUUCACACGCCGCCAGUUCGACAGAUGCCGCCGACUCAUCGCACGUGAGCUGAAUCGUCAUUUGAAUGCGGAGUACCUGUACUUUGUACAGGGCCUAAUUGACCGCGAAGCUGGCAAUAACAUCGAAGCGUUGCGCAACCUUCAACGGGCAGCCGAGCUGAACAGCCGAAACAUUGAGAACUUUAAGGAAAUCGGAAGGACUCUUUACUUGAUGGGCCGCUUUAGCCAAGCGCUCAGCGUAUUUCGCGAUGCCGAAAAGCAGAGUCCUCGGCCGGAUCAUGAGAUCUAUCAUUAUCUGGGCGAGUUGCUCUAUCGCGCAGCAUCCACACAGCCCCAACUGGAGGCAGCUCGGCAGCUGCAGAAGGAGGCGCGAGAGUAUUUCGAGCGAGCCGUGCAAACGGGCAAGAAGCAGGAGAGCUACAUUCGGCUGGCCGAGCUCUAUCGCAAGGAGAAGGAGUAUCAAAAGGCCAUCGAUGUGCUCGAAGCUUGUCUGCAUCUCACUCCAGAGAAUGCCGAAGUUCUGACAGAAAUCAGCGUUUUGUAUUUGAAAAUCAAUGAGACCCAAAGAGCGUUCGAUCGCUUAGCGGAAAUCGUUAACAUCGAAGGGAACUGCGAGCCGAAGGGGUUGUUGGCCUUGGGCGCCAUUUUGCAGUCGCGCAACGAUGUGGACGGCGCCUUAAGCAAAUACAGCCAAAUCGCAGAUGCUGAGCCGGAAAUUGCGGAACUCUGGAAUAACAUUGGUCUGUGCUUCUUCAAAAAGCAAAAGUUCAUUGUGGCCAUUUCAUCUUUACGCAAAUCCAUUUGGCUUUCGCCUCUCAACUACAAUGCGCUCUACAAUCUAAGCCUCAUCUACAUUGCCUCGGAACAAUAUGCGAGCGCCUUUCACACUUUAGCAGCAGCCAUUAACCUACGCAAGGACAAUGCCGAGUGCUACAUGCUCCUGGGCUUGUGCUUGCGUAAACUGGACGAUAUGGAAAAUGCGUUUGUAGCUCUCGAGCGUGCCUGCAGCUUAGCCAGUGGCAACAUGCGACAUCCUUUGGUGUUCCUCAAUUUUGCGCUCUUCUGCUUUGAGACAGGCCGUCUGGCCCUAGCCACUGAGCAUUACAAUCGUUUCAUGAGUCACGCCCAGGAUUUGCUGCUGCCCACUGAAUAUAAGUUUCAGGCUACUAAAUUGAAAUCGCUGCUGCGCAUCUCAACGCACAGCCAGGGCAUACUAGGAGAUGGCGAUGAUUCAGCGCAAGCAGGAGGCGAGGAUGCAGCCAACCAGGUGUUGCAAGAGGAGCUGCCGCUGGAAGUGAAUGCUGUGGUCAGCAUUGGCAAUUAAGAGAAAACAACUGAUAGAGCUGAGAUAGUUAACUCACAUCAAACAUUUAUUUGAAACUUGAU